AUGUCCCCUUCUGCCGUACAAUCUUCAAAGCCACAAGAACAGUCGAAUACAAUUGACGACUUGAAAGCUCACAUGUCCCAGUCUACCUCUGCCGCGCAGCAGAAAAAGGAACACGAGUAUGAACAUUUGACCUCGGUCAAGAUCGUGCCCCAGCGGCCCAUUUCCGACAGACUGCAGCCGGAGAUCGCUACCCAUUACUCUCCACACCUGGACGGGUUGCAGGACUAUCAGCGCCUGCACAAGGAGUCCAUCGAGGACCCGGCCAAGUUCUUCGGUUCUAAGGCAACGCAGUUCCUCAACUGGUCCAAGCCCUUCGACAAGGUGUUCAUCCCGGACCCUGAAACGGGCAGACCCUCAUUCCAGAACAAUGCCUGGUUUCUCAACGGCCAACUGAACGCCUGUUACAACUGUGUCGAUAGGCAUGCCUUGAAGACGCCCAACAAGAAGGCCAUCAUUUUCGAAGCUGACGAGCCGGGGCAAGGCUAUUCCAUUACCUACAAGCAACUUCUGGAGGAGGUUUGCCAGGUGGCGCAGGUGCUGACGUACUCCAUGGGCGUGCGCAAGGGUGACACCGUUGCGGUGUACAUGCCCAUGGUUCCCGAAGCCAUCGUUACCUUGCUCGCCAUCACUCGUAUCGGCGCCAUCCAUUCCGUAGUCUUUGCUGGAUUCUCUUCCAAUUCUUUGAGAGACCGUAUCAACGAUGGGGACUCCAAAGUCGUCAUCACAACCGAUGAGUCCAACAGGGGUGGGAAAGUCAUUGAAACCAAGAGGAUUGUCGAUGACGCGCUAAGAGAAACCCCAGGCGUGAGACACGUCUUGGUCUACAAAAAAACCAACAAUCCAUCCGUCGCCUUCCACGCCCCAAGAGACUUGGAUUGGGCCACGGAAAAGAAGAAAUACAAGACCUACUACCCAUGCACUCCUGUUGACUCCGAGGACCCAUUAUUCUUGUUGUAUACUUCCGGGUCCACGGGUGCCCCCAAGGGUGUCCAGCACUCCACCGCAGGCUACUUGCUGGGCGCUCUACUGACCAUGCGUUACACUUUUGACACUCACCAAGAAGACAUAUUCUUCACCGCGGGAGACAUCGGUUGGAUUACCGGCCACACCUACGUAGUUUAUGGUCCCUUGCUGUAUGGUUGUUCCACUUUGGUCUUCGAAGGAACCCCGGCCUAUCCUAAUUACUCUCGUUACUGGGACAUUAUUGAUACACAUAAAGUCACUCAGUUCUACGUUGCCCCCACCGCUUUGCGUUUGUUGAAAAGAGCUGGUGAUUCGUACAUUGAAAACCAUUCCCUAAAGUCUUUGCGCUGCUUGGGCUCUGUCGGUGAGCCAAUUGCCGCUGAAGUUUGGGAGUGGUACUCCGAAAAAAUAGGUAAGAACGAAAUCCCCAUUGUAGAUACCUACUGGCAAACAGAAUCUGGCUCGCACCUGGUCACCCCACUGGCCGGUGGUGUGACACCAAUGAAACCUGGUUCCGCCUCGUUCCCUUUCUUCGGUAUCGAUGCUGUUGUUCUUGACCCUAACACCGGUGAGGAGGUCAACACCUCCCACGCAGAAGGUGUUCUUGCUGUCAAAGCCGCAUGGCCAUCGUUUGCUAGAACGAUUUGGAAGAAUCACGACAGAUAUCUGGAUACUUAUUUGAAUCCUUAUCCUGGCUACUACUUCACGGGUGACGGCGCUGCAAAGGAUAAGGACGGCUACAUCUGGAUCUUGGGUCGUGUCGACGAUGUGGUAAACGUCUCCGGCCAUCGUCUAUCGACCGCUGAAAUUGAAGCUGCUAUCAUUGAAGAUCCAAUCGUGGCCGAAUGUGCUGUGGUGGGGUUCAACGACGACUUGACUGGUCAAGCGGUGGCUGCAUUUGUGGUCUUGAAGAAUAAGUCCAGUUGGUCCACGGCAACAGAAGAUGAAUUACAAGAUAUCAAGAAGCAUUUGGUCUUCACUGUCAGAAAAGACAUUGGUCCAUUUGCCGCCCCCAAACUGAUCAUUUUGGUGGAUGACUUGCCCAAGACAAGAUCCGGUAAGAUUAUGAGACGUAUUUUGAGAAAAAUCCUAGCUGGGGAAAGUGACCAAUUAGGUGAUGUUUCCACCUUAUCGAACCCUGGCAUUGUUAGACACUUGAUUGAUUCAGUCAAAUUGUAA